GUCAAAAGGCUUAUAAAGAGCACAGGAACAGUCUAGCUUUUAGGGGUUUGGAAACUUUUUGUCUCAUCAGAUUGACGGUGUCUCCAGAACAAUGAAACUCAGUGUUUUCCUUCUGCUGCUCCUCCUGGAGACAUGUGCAGCUUCCCCCUAUGAAAAUGUCGCCCUGCGUGGAAAAGCGACCCAAUCAGAUCGUUAUGAUCAUCCAUUUGGAGGUGCCUACAGUGCUAUCGAUGGAAACCGUGACUCCAGAUUCUCGGCUGGAUCGUGCACCCACACUGAUGAAGAGAGCAACCCUUGGUGGAGAGUGGACCUGCUGGACAAAUACAUCAUCUCCUCCGUCACCGUCACCAACAGAGGAGACUGCUGUGCAGAAAGGAUCAACGGAGCACAGGUUCACAUUGGCAACUCCUUAGAAGGACAUGGCACUUCAAACACAGUGGUUGGCACCAUUUCUGUAAUCCCUUCAGGGCAGUCAUUCACUCUGACCUUCACACCUGUGGAGGGACGUUACGUGACUGUGUCUCUACCUGGUGCAAAAAGAUGGCUAACACUCUGUGAAGUUGAGGUUUACGGGUACCUAGCCAGUGAGAAACCCAGCGAAACCAAUGAACCUGCCAUUUAAUUCCAGCGUUUCGACAGGAUGGAUGGUCACUGCGGUGCCGUCGUUAUCCCUGGAAGACCGGAGCACCUGACCCUGUGCAAGACGGAGGUUGAUGGCUCUGCACUUGAUUUGCUUUAAAAUGUUACUUCAAUUGCAAGAACUUAACCAAUGCUGCCACAUGUAAUUAACCAAAAUAACAGAUUCAGCUACAAUCUGAUUGUUCUUAUGACUAAUAACCAAUAAAAAUGUGUGUAAAAUGUAAUUUCAUCUCACCAGAAAAACAACUGCAUAGUAACCUAAAUAACAACAUCUCCUAUCCCCCCAACCCCCAGUGGGUUGUAUUAGACCCUUUGGCUGGUCAGUUCUGGUCCUCCAGCCACUAAUUCAAGCCCCUGUCUUAGACAGACAUCAGUCAAGUAAACUGGGUUUUUGAUGAUCCCUGUAUUAAUAUUGUCAUUUGUGAUUUCGGCCUACUACCUGUUUCCAUUCCUAAUGCUGACUCUUUACCACUGAACGUGUGAUUGUAGUGCCACUGCUGCUGCUGCAUUGUAUAUCAUCUUUGCUGAAAUAAAGUCUGUAUUAAACAUCAUCACUAAUGAUUAAAAAAAA